AUGACUGAAUCCUCCAGAUAUCUAGUUUUAGAACUUCUCUUAUAUCUUGCAAUAUUUAAAUGUGUUGAAGACGAAUUGGAGAUUUACGAUUACCAUUAUUUUUUUCCAGAAUUGGAGCUGAUCACAAAUAGUACAGCCCUCUUAGAUAUCACAGUAAGUGAAUUUCCAUUCGAAGAAGUAAAGAAGGUUAAAGACAAUUAA